GAACAUUGGCCAUGGCCCACUUGACUGACACUCACCGGAACAGCUGAGGACCGGGAUGUGCAUCGCCAUGGUGAUCAUUUGCAAGAAGAGGCCAGUAAAGGGCGGCGACAAUGUAACGCGCAAAAGCGCACAGUUGGGCUCGCUGCGGGCGCAGACCAUGAGCCAGGGGACAACGCUCUUCCCUCGUGAACUUGCGGAUACAAGGCCAUGGUGCGAGGUGGCACGCGGCUGCGCCUCGCCGCAGAGUCCGGUCGGCACGAGCCUGGAGAGUCUUUGGGACGUCCUGCCCGAGGUGCACCGGAGCACUUCCCAAUGGGGCUGGGAGGUGGGCUCCGCGUCCGGUAGCAUCAACAGCCUUCUGCAGGACCUCAGCUUGACGGAGGCCGCCGCGUCUUCGCCGCCGCCGGCGGCGCCGCCUAGCAAACGUCAAUGCCGUUCGCUUUCCUGCUUCGCCGAGCUGCACCGCUCCACUUGGAGACCCCAGGGAUCCAGAGUGUGGACGGCGGUUGAAAAGAGGAGGUGCCACAGCGGCGGGAGCGUCCACCGUGGCGGAAUGGCUCACACGGGCUUCCCGGCUAUCCAGCGCAGCUCCAGCUUCAGCCUCCCCGCCGCCCCGGCCCAGCCCUUCUACCUCUCUCAGGAAGAGAUCCCCGAGCCCGUCAGCUCGCCCGACUCCACCCCUGAGUUGGAGCGCCGAGGAGGGCCGGGGAGUCUGGCCCGUAGCCGCUCGCAGCCCUGCGUUCUCAAUGACAAGAAGAUGGGGGUCAAGCGCAGGAGGCCAGAUGACAUGCAAAGGCCCUCGCUGGAUCUGGCAAAGAUGACUCAGAAACUUCAGAACUUCCACAGCCUCAGCUGCCCGGGAAUCUCAGGCAAGUCCGGACACAGCGAGGACUUUUCUACUAGCAACGCUUGGGACGACGUUGCGCCUAUGACCAAGCACGAGCCGAGCGGCCUGGCCACGCGGGAGGUGGAGCGGCUCUCCACGCAUCGUAAAGAUACGGUGGCACUUUGGAGAGGCACCGGGAAGGACGCCUGUCUGCUCGGAGGCGAGCUGGACAUUGAGCAGAUCGAGCGGAAUUGAGACUUGAAAGUCUUACGGACUAAAGGACGUUGGGGUUGGGAGUGGUCUUAAGCUGUCCCCGAAACUACGCAGGGGUUCUAAGUGUGUUUCAGGAGACAAAGCAAUCAGGACGUGUCCAAUGUCCAGGGGAAAUAACAAGUCUUAAUUUUUUCAUGGGACACACGGGAAAAUGUGGCUUCUAUUCAAUAGCAUUAAUAUUUUACAAUUUGUAACGACAAGCGUAUUUCUAUAUGAAUAAACCGUUUGAAAUGUG